AUGAGUCACCCGCUCACGCACCUCACUCACCCGCCACGGCCAGCCGACUCACCCGCCACGGCCAGCCGACUCACCCGCCAGAGCCAGCCGACUCACCCGCCAGAGCCAGCCGACUCACCCGCCAGAGCCACCCGACUCACCCGCCAGAGCCACCCGACUCACCCGCCAGAGCCACCCGACUCACCCGCCAGAGCCACCCGACUCACCCGCCAGAGCCACCCGACUCACCCGCCAGAGCCACCCGACUCACCCGCCAGAGCCACCCGACUCACCCGCCAGAGCCACCCGACUCACCCGCCAGAGCCACCCGACUCACCCGCCAGAGCCACCCGACUCACCCGCCACGGCCACCCGACUCACCCGCCACGGCCACCCGACUCACCCGCCACGGCCACCCGACUCACCCGCCACGGCCACCCGACUCACCCGCCACGGCCACCCGACUCAUCGCGGUGUUCAUCACGUGACGACAACAGUGAUGACCACCAUGAUGGGAGAGGUCUACAGGGCACCAGCAGCCAGCCAUACAACGGGUCCAACUUCACCAGGCCAGCCAUACAACGGGACCAACUUCACCAGGCCAGCCAUACAACGGGGCCAACUUCACCAGGCCAGCCAUACAACGGGUCCAACCUCACCAGGCCAGCCAUACAACGGGGCCAACCUCACCAGGCCAGCCAUACAGCGGGGCCAACCUCACCAGGCCAGCCAUACAGCGGGGCCAACCUCACCAGGCCAGCCAUACAGCGGGGCCAACCUCACCAGGCCAGCCAUACAACGGGGCCAACCUCACCAGGCCAGCCAUACAACGGGGCCAACCUCACCAGGCCAGCCAUACAGCGGGGCCAACCUCACCAGGCCAGCCAUACAACGGGUCCAACUUCACCAGGCCAGCCAUACAACGGGGCCAACUUCCCCAGGCCAGCCAUACAACGGGGCCAACCUCACCAGGCCAGCCAUACAACGGGUCCAACUUCACCAGGCCAGCCAUACAACGGGGCCAACUUCCCCAGGCCAGCCAUACAAGAGGGGAGUCAGUGUUUACCUGUUUUGGAGCCAAACUUGUUCACGAGGACACAAAUAUUGGCUGGAGUCUCUGGCAGAUUCAUCAAAUCCAAGGUGACCAAGAUGCUCUGA